GGAGGUGCAAGCGUGCCAUAUACGUCCGUGACUGUGUGCUUUGACAGGCAACGGCGAAGAUUAGUUUAAGAAGAGUGACGAGUAAAUCUUUUAUUCCUUCAGUGGUUGUAAUAACCGAGCGCUUGCAUGACUUGAUACGUGCAUUAUACGAUUUAGAAAGAGACGCUCAUUUUCGCGGCAUAUUUUUCAGUGAUAAUUUUUCAAGAUUUUUCUUAACUACAGUAAUGAAAAAUAUCAUAUGUUGACAUCUGAUGUUUACCUUAUAAUGUAACUUCGAUACAUUGUCUAUGUAACUAAUAUGUGCUAACGAGAGACAUCUUGACUUCUGAAGUGUUUUUGUUUCACCAGUCGCUUUCUAUCUAUUUCUUUUCAUCAGAAUUAAGGAAUGACAGGAAGUUGAUUUAAAUAUCCAGUGCAACGUCUUUCACAUCUUCUGAGCCAGCCGCGAUAAACUCGAAAUGGCUUGGCGUCACAAAUCGCGCUCCGAGAAGACUCUCAUCAAAGUCAUCGGGUUUCUGGUCAUCACUCUGCUGUGCUUCAUCGUCGCCGUCAUCGCGAUGGACUUCGGUUUCAAGGCGAGAAUCGAGACACUGGAGGAGGAGAUCAGAGACCUCAAGUCCCCCGAACCGACAAGUGUCACUACUGUCACUUACACAACCGAGGAGCUAGACUACAACACCACCACAGAGUCUUUUGUAAGUACAACCUCUCCAGAAAUCACAACCACAACCAUCAGCACAGAGAUGCCGUCAAGCUCUACAACCACUGAAGAAGCCACAACGUCCGCCACGACAACAGACAACCCUUCCAGUUCCCCCACGCCAACGGACGUCCUUUUCGAGGCUUUGAGAUCGAUGCUUAGAAACUUCUCUGGCAUGAAAACUUCAGCCAACUCCUUUGAAAGAAUAACUCACAGGGGCACUUUCACUAGUAAGGCAAGAGGCACCUUUAUCAUCAUGGCGGAUAUCGACCAAGAGGAGUCGCAGUCCAUCAUCCCAGAAGCUUCAUCAACAUCAGUUCCAGUCCUCUACAUAGACAGCAGUGAAACUUCCAUUGUCCCUCCCGGAAACUAUACCAACAAUUCCACUUCGGAAGUUUUCGAAGAUAUGGAGGAUGAAUUUGAAACCGCAGCGCCAGAUGAAGGGUCAGGCGAGGGUACACAGGCACCCCCCGCCUUACCCCCCUAACAUUGAGGCUGCAUGGCUCAGAAGCAACACUAAUUCAUCAUUCUUCACUUUAACCGCGAAUUUACGAGGCGCGAAAGAUUCAUUUGUCUGCAAACGAAAAUGGGAAGAGAAAAGUUUUAGUGCUGUGUUCAGAAAUAAUGUUGUUUAUCAUUCCGUAAACAAAGUGUUUAAUUAUGAUCAUUUCUAAGCCAAUACUCUUCUUAAUACUCUCGAUCGAGCGUAAUUGAACACCAUCGAUUUGCAGCAGUAGGCUAUCAAAUUCAGGUUACCAGUAAGUACAUUAAGCUCAUUCUUUGAAAGAUGUACUUAGAGAGUGUACAUCUUGAAUUAACACUAGUUUCUCGUUCAUUUGAGCCCUGUUGGCUGUUUGAAAAAAGAUUAUUGUUUAAAUGACGAUUUGUGGAGGCCAAAAACGAAAUUGUUAAGAUAACACUUGACUGAAAACGACGAAACCCCAUAACUAUGCAGUCGACAUCACUGAUAUGAUUGGUUAGAAGGUGCUUCUUCCCGACUGACACAGCUCAGGCUUCAGCUCACUUGGUUUAUGAUGUAAUGGAAAUUAUUUAUGCCGCCACCGCUUUGUUAAGCAAAUUUAAAGCAUGAUUACGAAAGAAAACGAAAAGCAUGAUUCUUUAGAACAUUCUCCUAAUUUAUGGCGAUAUAAAAACACAGGUUAUGUUUAAAUGUUCGAAAGAGUCACCCGUAUGUAACAAUUGCUGUGAGGAAGACGGGACUUCGAAUGGUAUACUACAUUGUUUUGCACUUCAUUGUCAAUUUUUACAACUCUGUGAACUUUAUUCGGUCAGUCGAUUUAGUCAUAAAUCUGAAAUUGUUUCUGCGCAUGACAGUUGCUCGGAUAACUUGCUUUUAUAUUUCAUUCCUUUUCUGAUUGACAUUAUGAUAAGUUUGAUUGCAUUAAUGUCAUUGCGUAGCCUCUAACACUUAUUGGUUCAAUGUUUCACUUGAAAUGUUUGUAUGUACAUUCUGAUAUAGUACUGUAAAUGUUGCAAGGUAAACAACAAAAGGCUUCCUCCUCAUGUUUAAGGAUAUAAUUAUGUAAAUACACUAAUUGUUGUAACAUAAGACAUAGGACAUAAUAUAAUAAUUUUUUUAUUAUAGCAGACAAUUAAGAUCAACAAAGAAACCCGCCAUUUUC